AUGGCGGAAGAGAAGGAUAUUCAGCCUACUGCCGCGCCCCCGUUCGAGCAUUAUGGAGAGAAUGAGGAGUCCGAUCACAAGCGCGCUGCUAACAAGCUUGUUGACGAUGCGCGGCUUGCCACGGACAACGAACGCAAGAUGACGCUGAUGCAGGGUAUCAAACUCUAUCCCAAGGCGAUUGGAUGGUCUGUCCUUAUCAGCACGUGUAUCGUCAUGGAAGGCUACGAUGUCUGCCUGCUGAACAACUUCUUCGGAUUCCCGCAGUUCAAGCAAAAGUAUGGCGAGCAGCUUCCGGACGGGUCUUGGGAAAUUCCUGCGCCAUGGCAAGCUGGACUGUCGAACGGAGUCAUUGUGGGCGAGAUCAUUGGUCUUUUCCUCAAUGGGUGGAUCAGUGAGGCUAUCGGAUACCGCUACACUGUCAUGGGUUGCUUGCUUCUGAUCAUUGGGUUCACCACCAUCUUCUUCACGGCUCAGACGGUGGUGCACUUGCUGAUUGCGGAGAUUCUCUGUGGUAUCCCCUGGGGUGUCUUCCAGACACUUACUAUCACAUACGCUUGCGAGGUCUGCCCUGUUGCUCUGCGCGGAUACUUAACCACCUACGUCAACUUCUGCUGGGGUCUUGGUCAAGUCAUCGGUAUCGGUGUCAUCCGCUCCAUGGUCGACCGUGAUGACGAAUGGUCAUACCGCAUCCCCUACGCCCUCCAAUGGAUGUGGCCCGUCCCUCUCAUCAUCGGUGUCUUCCUAGCGCCCGAGUCGCCAUGGUGGCUAGUCCGUAAAGGAAGAAUCGAAGACGCGAAGAAAUCCCUGCUUCGACUCACCAGCUUGGACCGAGAAACUGAUUUCGAUGCCGACGAAACGGUGGCCAUGAUGGUGCACACCACCGCCCUCGAAGAGAAGAUCACCCAGGGAGCCAGCUACUGGGACUGCUUCAAGGGUACUGAUUUGCGUCGUACGGAGAUUGUCUGCAUGGCCUGGGCGAUGCAGAACUUGAGUGGAAACGCUUUCUCGGGUUACUCUUCCUACUUCCUCCAACAGGCCGGUCUACCCGCAUCGACUUCGUAUGACUUCGCAAUGGGUCAGUACGGUAUUAACAUGGCCGGUGUCUUUGGCGCUUGGUACCUCAUGAAAGUCGGGUUCGGACGCCGAACACUCUACCUAGGUGGUCUCUGUGGACUAUGCGUUAUGCUCUUCGUCAUGGGUUUCCUUGGCCUGGUACCGGCCUCUCAACGUGAGAAGGGCGCCAUGGCUACCGGAGCUAUGAUGAUUGUUUGGGCUAUGUUCUACCAGUUGACCGUCGGCACCGUAUGCUACUCCCUCGUUGCUGAGCUCUCCACCCGCCGCCUCGCAAUCAAGACCGUGGUACUCGGCCGCAACCUCUACAACGUAAUCGGAAUCAUCACCUCCGUCCUCACACCCUACAUGCUCAACCCCGGAGCCUGGAACUGGGGCAACUACGCCGGAUUCUUCUGGGCCGGCUCCUGCUUCCUAAGUAUCAUCUACACCUACUUCCGCCUACCCGAACCCAAGGGCCGCUCUUUCGCUGAACUUGAUCUCCUCUUCGAGAAGCGCGUCAGCGCGCGCAAGUUUGCAAGCACGACUGUCGAUGUGUUUGAGGACAGCCAUAUCCAAGGGACUGCUGCUUUUGAUCGCUAUGAAGAGAAAGUUGAUGCUGCUGUGAGAACCGAAUCUGUUGCUGUUGGUGUUUCGAAGGUUUAA